GCUUCCGGGGCUGCUGUGCCCUUACGCGGUUGGUGGAGGCGCGGAGCCUGCGCAGUGCGGCUCGGUAGCCCCGGUCGCCUUCAGCCCCGCUGCCGCUGCUGCUCCGGCCCAUGGGGAAAGCCAGCCGGUCCCCCCGGCUUUAAAAAGAAGAAAAGAUGUCCUUGUAUGAUGACCUGGGAGUGGAGACCAGUGAUUCAAAAACAGAAGGCUGGUCCAAAAAUUUCAAACUGCUACAGUCUCAGUUGCAAGUCAAGAAGGCAGCUUUAACCCAAGCAAAGGUAAAGAGUCAGAGGACAAAACAAAGUACAGUCCUUGCUCCAGUGAUUGAUUUGAAACGAGGGAGUUCUUCAGAUGACCGGCAGAUUGUAGAUACCCCACCUCAUGUAGCAGCAGGCUUAAAGGAUCCUGUGCCUAGUGGAUUUUCUGCAGGAGAAGUUUUGAUUCCAUUAGCUGAUGAAUAUGAUCCCAUGUUUCCUAAUGAUUAUGAGAAAGUAGUAAAACGCCAAAGGGAGGAACGCCAAAGACAGCGGGAGCUGGAAAGGCAAAAAGAGAUUGAAGAAAGAGAAAAGAGGCGUAAAGACAGGCAUGAAGCUAGUGGGUUUUCGCGACGACCAGAUCCAGAUUCUGAUGAAGAUGAAGAUUAUGAACGAGAAAGGAGGAAAAGAAGUAUGGGAGGUGCUGCCAUUGCACCACCAACUUCUCUCGUGGAAAAAGACAAAGAAUUACCCAGAGAGUUUCCAUUUGAAGAGGAGUCAAGACCUCGUUCACAGUCUUCCAAAGCUGCUAUUCCUCCCCCUGUGUAUGAUGAACAAGAGAGACCACGAUCCCCAACAGGGCCCAGUAAUUCCUUCCUUGCUAAUAUGGGUGGUACCGUUGCUCAUAAAAUCAUGCAGAAGUACGGCUUCCGAGAAGGCCAGGGUCUUGGAAAACAUGAGCAAGGAUUGAGCACAGCAUUGUCAGUUGAAAAGACAAGUAAGCGAGGUGGCAAGAUCAUUGUUGGUGAUGCUACAGAGAAAGAUGCAUCGAAGAAAUCAGAUUCAAAUCCAUUAACCGAGAUCCUUAAAUGUCCUACUAAAGUGGUUCUGCUAAGGAACAUGGUGGGUGCUGGAGAAGUAGAUGAAGAUCUAGAAGGUGAAACCAAGGAAGAAUGUGAAAAAUAUGGCAAAGUUGGAAAAUGUGUAAUUUUUGAAAUUCCUGGUGCUCCUGAUGAUGAAGCUGUACGAAUAUUUUUAGAGUUUGAAAGGGUUGAAUCAGCAAUUAAAGCUGUUGUUGAUCUGAAUGGGAGGUAUUUUGGUGGACGGGUAGUGAAAGCUUGUUUCUACAACUUGGAUAAAUUCAGAGUCUUGGAUCUGGCAGAGCAAGUCUGAUUUUAUGAACUCAGAGCACAAAUCACCUCUGGCAAUCCUUAGUAAGCCUUUAGGCUGAAAGCAAAGAGGAAAGAAGGCAAGCCUGCUUGACCAGUGGGUACAGAGACUUUUGGGAAGGACUCCGAAAAUUCAUGUUGACUGACCCUUUUUUUUAUUUUGUGGUUUUUUUAUAUAGUAUAAAAUCCUUUAA